ACUAAGAAGGAUAAGGGAAAGGAUUAUUAUUUAUAAACCAAUUAAUAAAUAAGAAUACUGAGAAUGUUGACAUUUCCUAACCUCACUUUGAGCGACAGCAGCGCUUUUUUCUUUUUUGUUGAGAAUCCGUCGCCAUGGGUCGUAUGCACGCACCCGGAAAGGGUAUUUCCCAGUCAGCAUUGCCAUAUAGGCGAAGUAUAGCAACAUGGUUAAAACUUACACCAGAAGAUUGUAAAGAUCUUAUUUAUAAACUGGCGAAAAAGGGCCAUACACCUUCACAAAUUGGAGUGGUUCUCCGAGAUUCUUAUGGGGUUGCACAGGCACGUUUCCGUACUGGAAAUAAAAUUCUCCGUAUUUUGAAGUCCUUGGGACUUGCCCCCGAAAUCCCUGAGGAUCUUUAUCAUUUAAUUAAGAAGGCGGUCGCUAUUCGCAAACAUUUGGAGAGGAAUCGCAAAGAUAAGGACAGUAAAUUCCGUCUUAUUCUUGUUGAAUCCAGAAUACACAGACUCGCUCGAUAUUACAAACAGAAGAGUGUUCUUCCUCCAAGUUGGAAGUAUGAAAGCUCAACAGCAAGUGCUCUUGUAGCUUAAAUUGUUACUCGACAAAAUUUUCCAACAUCUCUUAAUAAAUAAGGUUAAUAAAAUUA